AUGCAUAAUGUUGCAGGUUUCAUCUGUGCGUCUAAAAGGAUAGGGACAUCAGAUCUAGGACAUUUUACAGAUGGCUCCAUUGCUUCCAAAAAACGCGUGUUUGUAAGCCGUGAUCAAAUGUUGACGAGUGUGUUAUAUUCUCCCAAAGCGAUAAGUGAUGAAUUGGAGAUAGGUGAGCGAUGUUCCGAAGGGUUCACGUUACGUGAGCAUAGGGAUAAAUCUUGUUCCGGAGUAAAUUACUACAAGGUUGUGUCCAAGGCCUAUAAAGUCCUGUCUGAUCCUACAUUGCGUGCAAUGUAUGAUGCAAACUUAAAGAGUUCCGCGUACAAUAGGGAAUCACCGAAUUGUGCUAAUGUGAUGACCGGCUCGUGGCUUGAUUGUCACGCUGAUGAAGACUAUGUGAUGGAAAACGAUAGCAACUGUGACACUACCUCUGCUUCCAGCUACUCUCCCGAAAACAAAAUGACAGUUUUGAGUGGGCGCCCGAGGAACAUUUUUGGAAGUAAUGGCAAAUCCUUUGUUAGGGAUUAUUCCGUUUCGGAAGAUCUUGAUAUUGUUACUGAAGUUGGUGUAGGUCUGAUGGAUUUAAUUUUUGGAGGCACUGUAGAAGUCAGUCUUAAUAAAUUUGGCAAUUGCCAAAAUUUCAGCUGUGACUUCUACGUUGCGACUAGUGUAUGUCUAAUUUUAUUCAUGAUUGCCAAGAUCAUUUCUGCCGAUAACGAAAACGAAUAUUUUGAAGGUCAGAAAGUGUGUACGACGGCUGCUUCGGAUUAUGCAGACGGUGUACUAGGAGUAACGAUAGACGUCAAGACAUUUUGUGGCACCAAGCAUGUAAAUGUGCCCCAAGGAACACAGCACUGCGAUGAGGUGCUAGUUGGAAAUUAUGAGGGUAUCGAGCAUGUUAUUAAAAUACACGUAUCGCUACCCAUUGAACCGUCGCAAGAGGAAAUUUCGCUACUUAGUAAGAUCAGAGAUCUGAAACAACGAAAUUAA